CCCUGUGGUCCUUAGGAAGUCGGUCAGUAGGUUUGUGUCUGGGUAGGUCCAAGUGGUGAGGAGUGGGACCUCUGUCGUGCACCUGACACCACCAUGGUAGACACCCGGCGCGGCACCUCCACUAUGCCGUACACAAAGGAGGAGGAGGCGAAGAUGGCCGCCAUCCUGCAGGAGAAAAAGGAGAAGAAGGAGGCCAAGAAGAAGGCCUUGAAGGAGGAGCAGGCGGCCAAAUUGAAGAAGAUGGAAGAAGAGAUGGCCAGGGAGAAAGAGAGGUUAAAGAAGGAAGAAGAAGAGAAACUGAAGGCGGUGGAUGAAGAAGAGGACGGUCCGCCACUGCGAAGGAGUAGUGGGCAGCCCAGUAGUAGUACCGGUGGAGACCUGGAGAACAGGAUAUCUGAAUGGGUUUCCAACCUGACUGUGGGAGAAGAGGAAGAGGUUAGUAUGUAYAUCCCGCAGGAUCAGCAAGAAGCUGCCAUGAAGGCUUGGGAUGCAGAGAAAGACCCUCUUAAACGUCAAGCGUUGAAAGACGAGAAGAGGGUGGAAUGGAAAUUAGCGGUGAUGAGGGAGAAGAAGAGGAGAAUUGACAAGGAAGCGGAGGCGGCUGAGGCCUUAGAGGAAGUGAAGAABAUAGAGGCGCAAUUAGCCGCCCAGCCCGAUCUCCCGAGUCAGAUGCGAGUCAUAGCUCGGAGCGUCGCAUGCCUGGCACGGGUUCAUGCAGACCAAUAUGACUUUAGCAGAAGUCAGGACAUAGCUGUGCGCUCGAUAUGGUUGGGCUUUCGAGACUUUGCUCGUGAGCUGGUAGGCGUCGUUGGAGCCGAGGUGGGUCACCGCCUCGACAAGACUGAGCGGUUCUGCGCUGGCGCCAUUGAAGGCGUCAAGGCGGCAGCUCCCAAGGAGGAGGAAGCACGUCCUCCUCGCCGGGAGCCUGUCAAAGUCAAGUUCCCCGAUUCCUACAGUGGGAAGAGGGAGGAAAACUUUGACAAUUGGGAGGCCAACGUUAAGACCUAUGUGCACUUGCAACAGGUCUCCCCAGAUCAGCAAGUCCUAAUUGCUAUCCACGCGCUGAGAGAUGAGGCCGCCAGUUUUGCAAGGUCCCUAGUUCACGCUGCCAACUGUAGUGAUGAUCCUGUUGCAUACUUCUCAUUUACGUCCCUCACCGAAUUYCUGAAGUUGCUGCGCGAGCGAUUUGCUGAUGUCGCUUGCAGUGUCAAGGCCUCAGACAAGCUCCAAACCAUCCAUUCUCGUAAAUGGAAGAGUGUCAGGGCACUCAAGGGUACAAUGGAUGAGUUGGUGGCCGUCCCUGACCAUGGGGUCACAGAGGGCCAGUUGGUCAACCUCUUUUACCGGGCUAUGCCCGAAGCCUUUCGAGGGCAGUUUUUCGUGAAGAGCGAAGACCCUGCCACCACUUACGAUUCCCUUAGUCGUGAGGUGGUGGCUUUUGAAGCGAAGUCAGUGUCCCUGUCCACCUUUUGGCAUAAGGAUUUGGACAAGGGAAAGCAAUGGAAAGGCCGCACUAUCUCAGGGCAGGUAAAGACCAAGGAUARCCUYGKCYUKACUUYAGAUGAGGGUAGUGUGGAUGAGAUUCCCUACGAUCAGAUUGAGUGGGGGCUAGAGGAGGCGGACAGCGGUGUGGGCCAGGGGAGAUCCUACGCUGCUGUCGCGGUCGGAGGGAGGCCGCAAGGAGGAAGAAGCCAGGGCCAAGGGGGCCGGGCCUCAGGGAGCCGGUUUCAGGGCGAUCAGGGGGUUGGCGGCAGAGGAGGAAAUCGCCAAGCGGGAGGCAGGGGUCAAGGUCCCUCGCAAAACCGUCCUAGGAAUAGGUCUCCCUAUAGAGUAGGAGGAUGGCACCCAGGGCUACCUCAGGGUAGGCCUUGGGAAUUUUUGGGUCUGGACCAGGACUUAUGGCAAAAACGAUUGGACCGGGGUCAGUGCAUUUUCUGCGGUGACCCGGGCCAUAUCAUCAAAUAUUGUCCCAAGUAUAGAGAGACCCGAACGGCUGCCCAAGGGCCAAAAGGCAGCCGCCGGUAGGGGUAGCAACUGCCCCUACCACUAGGCCAUGUUGGGAAAAUAGCGCUAGCCGGCAGGAGACUCCCACNGUGUGUGUGUGUGUGUGUGUGUGUGUGUGUGUGUGUGCGCGUGUGUUAUAAAAUAAUAAAAUAUCACCACAACUUCCCCUAUUCCACCGAGAUGAGCAGAGCCAAAGUCAUAGCAUUUUUUCCUGUAUUGCAGACAAUGAAGCAUUCUCAAGAUGAGCCAAUCCACCAAUGAAACAGUUUUGCUUGUGAAAUCAAUAUCUAUUCAGAAC